CAGAAAGUGGGCAACGAGCGAGUGUUUGCUGCCUCGCUUUCAUAAAUCACAAUUGAAGGGAAUUGGUCAAAGGCAGGGCUGGGAAAAAGUGCAAAAAUAAGCACGGUGCUGACUGUUGUUUGCUAGGGCUGCCUGUGCUUGAUGACGUCAGCGUCCGCAUUCCUUCACGUUGUGUGCGUGCGGCACUGAUUUCAAUUUUCAAACUAUGAGUCGAGCCAACUCUACAAGCUCGUCACAAUUCGGCAGUUUCACAGCACAGACGGCCGGAGAACGGAGGCGGCGGACAAACAGACGGCUGGGUCUUCUCUUCUGGACGCUGACAGGGUUGGUAGAUCUGGAUCCGGAACCAGAGCCCAGAUUUGAGGGAAGAGGCCAGGCUGGGCCCACAUUGGAAAUAGACAAUGGCGUCCAUUCCCGCCUACGCGGCUCUUCAUUGGAAAUCCGAGAGAAAGAAAUUUGCGAAAAGGGUUCAGAGAUCCUCAGCGAACAGUUAGAUGCUGCAAAGAUGGAACUAAAACUCAAAGAUAAGGAGUGUGAGCGUCUAUUGCAGGUCAGGAAUCAACUGGAACAAGAACUGGAGGAGCUCACCGCCAGUCUAUUUGAGGAGGCUCACAAGAUGGUGCGGGAGGCGAACGUCAAACAAGCAGGAGCUGAGAAACAACUUAAGGAGGCUCAGGGGAAGAUCGAUGUCCUUCAAGCAGAAGUGACAGCACUCAAGUCUCUGGUGUUGACGUCCACGCCCUCUUCGCCGAACCGCCAGCUGCAUCCCCAGCUGCAGCUUCCAGUCAACAGACAGGUCGGCGGUCACAAUCGCAACAAGAGUGUGAGUGGCGUUCUCCCAUCACCACAUGGGAUCGAUGCACUUCCAGUACAACCUGUGGCCAAAGAGGACCGAGAGAUGGACUCGGUUCUGUAUGCGGAGUUCCUCAUGUGGAAGGAGCGUCCGAGUCUUGAUCGCUCGUCCGCCCUCAUGAGUCGCAUCUACAGAGAAGACAUCGCCCCUUGCCUCUCUUUUACACGGUCUGAGCUGUCCCAGCUGGUGCAGAGCGCCGUGGAAAACAACUCUCUGACUAUCGAGCCUGUGGCCAUGUCAGCGUUACCGAUGGUUAAAGCCUCAGCGACAGAGUGUGGAGGACCUAAUGACUGUAGGGCAGCAGUGGAGACAAAAUGUGCAUUAAGCGGCGUGUCGCGACUCUGCCGACAUCGCAUAAAACUCGGCGACAAGGGGAACUACUACUACAUUUCCCCCUCCAGCCGAGCACGGAUCACGGCCGUUUGCAACUUUUUUACGUAUAUCCGCUACAUCCAACAAGGCCUGGUCAGGCACAACGCGGAGCAGAUGUUCUGGGAGGUGACGCGUCUACGAAGGGAAAUGUCUGUGGCCAAGUUGGGUUUCUACCUCACAGAGCAGGGUUAGAGGACCUGAUUGACCAGUGUGCUAUGAGGACCAAGACUGUUAGGCUUACAAUGUGGUAACUUAUCAGAGGUCAACAAAGAAAACAGUUGUACUACCACAAUAAGGCAACGAAAGGCAAAGUCGAUUUUAAUAUGCUCUUAUGAAAAUAUUUGCAUGCAUAGUUUUUUAAUCUUGUUCAUGAAGUCCCCACAAUCCAUACAAAUGAAACUAUGCAUUAUAGUUCAGGCAUAUGUACCGGAAGACUUAUACAAGUAAAAUGUUUAUGAUGAAACAAUAUUAUGUACAUGUAAGUGCCACAUAGAUUUAAAACCUUUAUUAGCGUGAUCGCCUUUGAUGUACAGUACAGUCCCCACAGCAGCUCAGCCACGAGUUGAGUGUUUCAACAUGGUCUGUAAAUCUGCAGCUUCAUGUUGGCCUGCCUGUUAAAUGAGAUGUAUUGCCCUGCAGUUUAUCGAAACAAAAUUCAACAUACAAGUGAAGAUUCGCACAUCCAAAAUCAACACAUGUACUAUACUGUAUGUAUGAGACAUUAACUGCAAAAUGCAUGAAUGUUGUUCAUAGCCAUGCUAUGCAAUUUGCAUUGGCUGUUUUACCUCAUAGUAUAUAUGUAUUGUUAUAGUUAUUUUUGACAGUCAACUGUAUUUUGAAGGUGAAAAUGAAGAAAUGUGUGGGUACGAUAAGUGCCGUAACCACUUCUUGGCCUCUAAGGCUUUGAUGUCUUCGGCGUCAGUGUACUGAUAACUGCCAACACUCCAUUUUCAAGUCUGACUAUGCCACACUUCUCCCAUUUUGUCAUUUCCUAAAACGUGUUACUUCACAUUGUAACACGUAAACGUCGGUCUGGACUGCGGUCAUCAUCAGUACCGGUUUACAGCGACACAAACCGCUGUGGGGACACACCCACAGUUGUUAUACAGGUUUGGGAGCAGGAAUUCAACACAGGCGUACUGAAUAAACACUGAGGCCACGUCCCACUCAGAGGGGCUUUAUGGAAAGAAAAUCUUUCUUUCUUGGAGCAGACAUUCCUGUAAACCUGUGGUUUCCGGCUUGAAAUACCUUUUGCAAGCUUGCAGCUCUGCUUCCGUGGCUUCACAAUACAGGUUGAAGGAGAUCUCAAUAAAUCAUUUGUUAAUAAUUGAGUACAGUGAAGGUGCAGCUCUGCUUCUGUGGCUUCACAAGACAAUUUGAAGCGCGUCAUAAAUCAUUUGUUAAUAAUUGAGACAUUGGUGCGCAGGACAAAACACGGCCUUGCACUUUCAUACUCGUUCACACUGCUUCAGUAAUCUGUACAUUUCCAUCACAAGGAAUGCUUCACAGUCAGGCCCGUUUUUUUUUUUUUUUUUUUUUUUUUUUUUUUUUUUUAAUUAAUAAAUAAAGUGGUUGCUUAACUUUUCCCU